UUUAGCUGAGCAAGAAAUAUCAGUAGACGAAUAGCCAAUCAAAAUAACGACAACAACAACAAAAAAGAACCCCACAAAAACAAAUUAGCCUUCGUUAAGUAAUCGAAGAAGACGACGAAGAUAGACGAUUGUACUUACAGUGGAAAAGGAUUCGACGUUCUUUUUAUGUUUUCUGGAAUUAUUUAAAGAAAAAGGUGUAGUUGUAAAAGAGUUUUCGAGGUUAGGGUUUCUCGGAAGGGAGUUAUGGAAGUGUUGACGAUGGGAACUUUACCUUUAGGAUUUAGAUUCAGGCCGACUGAUGAAGAGCUUAUCAAUCACUACCUUAGGUUGAAGAUCAACGGUCGUCAUUCCGAAGUCGAGGUCAUUCCUGAAAUUGAUGUCUGCAAAUGGGAGCCCUGGGAUUUGCCUGGAUUAUCGGUAAUAAAAUCGGACGAUCUGGAGUGGUUCUUUUUCUGCCCUCGUGAUAGGAAGUACCCCAAUGGCCACCGUUCCAACAGAGCAACGGAUAAAGGUUAUUGGAAAGCCACGGGGAAGGAUCGAACCAUCAAGUCCAAAAAGUCACUUAUCGGCAUGAAGAAGACCCUGGUAUUCUACAAGGGCCGGGCUCCCAAGGGUGAGCGUACUAACUGGAUCAUGCACGAAUACCGCCCCACUACCAAGGAACUUGAUGGCACUGCUCCUGGCCAGAGUGCUUUUGUUUUGUGUCGAUUGUUUCAUAAAGUAGAAGGGAGGAAUGAUAUUGUGAAAUAUGAUGAAGUGGAACAAACAGGAUAUUCCCCUGCCAUGAUAAAAUCAUCUCCCGAUGAUACUUCAUCAGAUCUUCUCCAAGAUACUGUUUCAUCCGAUACGCAAGCUCAAAAGCCUGAUAACUUAAUGCAAAAUGAUCAAAUAACAGGUGAUACCAGCAGCUGCAAUAGUCAUAUGACAUCUAAUGCUGAUUAUCAUGCAACAGAAGAAACUAUGAUGGAGAAAUAUCCGCUCCCGGGAAGCAAUUCAAAUUUGUAUGAGCCCAAUUAUGGUGAAAUUGACUCCAAAGUCUUUUCACCACUAAUGAACUCGCAACUUUUUGAAGAUCUGCCCUUCUUCGUGGAUUCUCCUUAUGCAAAUGAUUUUGGUCAUGAUCAAAAUGGAUUUCAUUUCCAGGAUGGGACUAGUGAACAAGAUGUAUCAUUUGCUUUCUUGGAUGACAUCUUGAGUAACCAUUAUGACUCUUGUGAAGAGUCAAACACCCAAAAGAACUUGGUUGAUGGAACAGAGAUGCCCUUGUUUGGUGAUUCAUUCAUCUCAAAGACACCACCACCAGAAAUCUCAUAUCUCAAAGAAAAUGGCAGACCUGCUGACACGGACACUGAAAUGCCACAAUUACAGUUUGGUACUGAGGUUGGAGCUCGUAGGUGGCUUGGUGGGCCUAUUGAUAACAAUCAAUCACUGCAAAUGCAAACUUCUUUCCAACCUACCCAUACUCAACCAGCACUUUAUAACCAAGAGUACAGAACCAGGAAUAUUGGUGGUCUUGGAAAUUAUUCUGUUGGCCAAGUAACUUUUACUGAUUCUGCAAUGGGUAAUAUCAAUAAUUUGCAACAGUUAACCAGUCUGAAAAAUUAUGUGAAUAGUGGUGGUGAUCUUGGUGGUGGUAUUGGAAUGAAGACUGGAACAUGCCAGCCACUAAAACAGUCAAAUUCAGAAAAUUUUGGAACUCUUGGAACUGGAAUCAAGAUUAGGACCCGUGGAUCUCAGCAACAACCGAAUUCAGACAUUGUAAAUCAAGGCACUGCUCCCAGAAGAAUACGCUUGAUGAAACUUUCUAGUGGGCCAAUGAAAGGUUCUGUAGGCUGUGUCGAUGAUGAAAAAAUGAUGAGCACUUGCCUUGUUGAAGAAGAAGAAGUUCAGUCUGCUCUAACUGAGGUCACAGAAGCUGAAGCUGCAGAACAGACUUCUAGCUCUGAUGAGUCAGAGAAGAAUAUUGUAAAUCAAGGCACUGCACCAAGAAGAAUACGCUUGCAAACGAAACUUUCUACUGGGGCAAUGAAAGGUUCUGCAGGCUGUGACAAUGGUGGGAACAUGACUAGUCCUGGCCUCGUUGAAGAAGAAGUUCAAUCUGCUCUUACUGAGGUCACAGAAGCUGAAGCUGCUGGACUGACUUCUAGCUCAGAUGAGUUAGAGAAGAAUAUUGUAAAUCAAGGCACUGCUCCAAGAAGAAUACGCUUGCAAACUAAUCUUUCUACUGGACCAAUGAAAGGUUCUGCAGGCUGCGUCGAUGGUGGGAGCAUGACAAGUCCUGGUCUCGUUGAAGAAGAAGUUCAAUCUGCUCUUACUGAGGUCACAGAAGCUGAAGCUGCAGGACAGACUUCUAGCUCUGAUGAGUCAGAGAAGAAUAUUGUAAACCAAGCCAUUGCUCCAAGAAGAAUACGUUUGCAACUUUCUACUGGGCCAAUGAAUGGUUCCGCAGGCUGUGUCGAUGGUGGGAACAUGACAAGUCCUGGCCUCGGUAAAGAAGAAGUUCAAUCUGCUCUAACUGAGGCCACAGAAGAUGAAGCUACAGGACAGAUUUCUAGCUCUUGCGAGACUUCUAGCUCUGAUGAGUCAGAAGUAGAGAACCGGUUCCUCAAAUUUGAAGGCAGCAGGGAUGCUGAUGAAUCUUAUUCAAAACCAAGGCUGCGGGUAAAACAGGUAGAUGAGCAACAUAGCUGCAGCCAAAAGGGUCCAUCAUUGCACUUAAAGGCAGCUCCUGCACUUCAUCGCCCAAACUCCCUAUUAGUUCCUGGUAUCGCCAUUUUCACUAUUACUCUCUUGUUCGCUCUCUUCAUGGGGAUAUGGUUAUGACUUGGAUUUUGACUUCUUGAUGAUGUUCAAACAGGCCAUAUGUAGGUAGGUAGACUGUUGCCCCCUUUUUUGUAUCUUGUAGGAAAUAUGAUCAAGUUAUGUACAUUGUGCCCCAUGUGUAUGCACAUGCUUUGAAGAAUACGUGAGAAUACUUUGUAUAAUAUGUUGCACAAUGGCCUUUGGUUUUACUGCUGGCCUAGAGAGUUGUCUUAAUGUGUAAUAUGUAGGGAAAAGAGUGUUCUUUUUUA